AUGCUGGCUGCAAUUAGCUGGGAGCCCUCAAUCCCAGCACUCCCUGACCGAGGGUCAAUACGUUCUCCUGUACCAUCAUCCGGCACUUUGCCUGAUACGCGACACCCAGAGAAGCCUGAACAAUCUGCAGGGGAUCAUGAAAGUAACGUUCUGACUGACGCGCCCGCCCUUCAAGUCAUCGCCUCAUCACCCAGCACGCUCAAUUCGGAGCACAGCCGGCCGUUGUCUAAUAUAUACAAUGACAUUCCAAUUACCCCGGUUAUCCUCGCCGACGACGGACCAUGGAUGAUUGGAGAGUUGCACUUACACGGCCAAAGCUAUACGCGAACACCAUGUAACAAUAGCAAAGCCAACAUUUCGCCGCAUAAUAGCCCGCCGGAACCCUUAACCAGUAGUCAACGGUUGAAACUACGCAAGCGGAAAUCACAACCGACCGGUAAACAGCCGUCAAAGCGAGCUCGACAUCCUAUAUCCAGUCCGGAGGAAGAUACAUCGUCUUCAGCACUUUAUACUCAUUAUUUAUCUGCAUCCGCCGACGAACAGCUGCAAUUCCUCAGUUGGCUGUUUCAAGGCGCAGCAAGACGCACCUUUCUUGAAUUGGGUACAGAAAUAUCAAUGAAUAUAGGAGAGAAACCAGCAGGUGAGGUUGAUCAUCCACCUAGUCUCCUUAAACACCGUGGAACCUCCACGAGAGACAGGGAAUGGUCCUCUGAAGAGGUGGCUUUCCUGCCUAAAUCGAGGGCUUGGCUCCACGGGGCAUUCGCCUAG